AUGCUUCUCCAGGACUUGGUGAGCGCCAGGAGAUAUCUACCAAUUGAACGAGGGGUCUUGGAUGAGCGCUACUACUCGAGCCCCGAGGAAGUUCUGCAGGAACUGAUCCUCUGCCAUCUAGAGAGGCAGAACAUGAGUGAAACAACGAUCGACAUCGACGCUGAAGGUUAUGCUACCAUGACCGUUGUUGCUAAACGGUAG